AUCAGACAACUCUUGGUGUAAUUCUGAGAUCAAGAAAUCCGAAUGCGGUAAAUUUUUCUUUGUCACAAAUGAUGAAACACACACGAUCGUUUCGAAGCACAAAAUAAGCCUCGAAGUCAACAUGGAACAUGAAUGUGUCAUAAUUUCCCCUCUACCAGAUCAAAUUGACAAGAGAUGUAGAAAUGGGACUACACUUCAACUAGCAAUGCAAAAGACUGAUAUUGGCCUUUUACAGCCUGUCCCUUAUGAGGUUAAAUUAGCAGCAUUGAAUGCUAUGAUAACGUCAGGGGAAAGUUUAGAGCAAACCGGGUUGAGCUGGGUCAUUCGCGCAAAAGCCUAUGACAAAAAAUCUGAACUUAAAACUCAUAUUUCUAGACAUUUUGGUUUGCAUAGUUUUCUCUGUCCUGUUUGCGGACGACAUUUCUCUCAUUCCUCAAACUUGAAUCGCCACCUGAGAACACAUUCAGGUGCCAAACCCUACAAAUGCCAAGAUUGUGACAAAAGAUUCAGCCAAGCGAAUUCCCUACAUGCACACCAAGCGCACAUCCAUGUUGGUCAAAAUGAAAAACAACAUUGCUGUCCCUUGUGUGGUCGUCUUUACAAGACUUUGCAGUUACUGAAACGUCACUGCAAAGUAUAUCACCAAGCUGAGAAAAUCGACUUGGAUACCCCUUCUGCUGUUGUAGUAAAACGGAGAUUUUAUUGUUCAGAUUGUGGUGAAAGUUUUUCACUGAAGUCUCUGCUGAUGAAACAUAAAGAAAUAGAAAAAGGUGUGGUAUCACCAAAAGAGGCUCAGCCAAUAGAAGCGGUUACCUUAAAUGAAAAUCCAUGCGCUGAAAUUCAACUUUUGGAUGCCAUGGAUAGCAUUGAUUCGAUGUUGCGCGAGAUCCAGCAUGGGAAUAAUGUGCCUAUUAGUAUGGACCUAGUUCUCCCAAAGGUGACAGACACAGUAAGCCAAACUAUAGAAGACGUAAUAAGCAAAAUCAGCCAACUCGUUUGCUUCGAAUGUGGAAAACAAUUUCGUCGUUAUAUGAGUUACAAACAGCAUUGGGGUGUUCACGAAACCUCACUGAGAAAAUUUGAGUGUAAAGAAUGCGGCAUGGCGUUCGCUUGGAAAUCAACAUACGUGAAACACACAAUACAAUUCCAUUCUCCCGAGCCACGCACGAUUGUUUCAUGCAGCGAGCCAGAUUGCGAAAAGGAAUACAAAUCUCUGAGCCAGCUUCAAGAGCACAUCAAAAGAGAUCACCAUAUGAUUCGCAGGUUCACUUGUGAAGAAUGCAACAAACAGUUUUACAAAGCCCAUGAUCUAUUAGUUCAUAAAAGAACUCAUAGCAAGGACAAACCAUACAUGUGUGGAACUUGUGGCAAGUCCUUCUCGCAUGUAUCACAUGUUAUUCGCCAUGAAAAAUCCCACAAUAAUAUCCGACCACAUACUUGCCCUCUUUGUCGCAAAUCAUUCACGCAAGCAACGGUGCUCAGGGCUCAUAGGAGGACAAAAUGUCCAGAUCCCAUGAUCAACAUCAUUCCCAAUCAGGAGAACGGAAAACCAAUAACGUGACUUGUUUGUCUUAAUCUUCUGUCAACCAACCGGAUGAAGUUGUGAUGGCCGAUGUUUGGCCGCUAACCAAUAGCGGAGGCCCGGAGCGGAGGGGGAUAAACAAAAGUAUUUGCUACCAUGUCGCCUAUUUAAGAAUGCAUUUUAUUAAUAAGUGAAAAAAAAAUUUUAUGUUACACAUAUGAUGUUCUGUUGGACUAGCUUGAACUUAGUCCCUGAAACUGAGAGGUGAAGAGUCUGAGGACAGUAGACCUCUGUCUGAGAGUUACUGACAGACUUGUUGCAUUGUAUCAAUUUUAUUGCAACGUCGAGGAGUGAAUUAUUUCCAUGUUUACCUUUAGUUUAUCGUUAUUUUGUAGUCUUCUGCUACGAUCGUUUUUACAAAGGUUCCCCCUGGUUUCCGGGGGCGCUAAACUCAAAACUGUCCAUUGACCACCGGCUGACAUCAGGGACACCGGACACGGUGUUUCAAAGAGUCCCCCUGGAUAGGGUGGGUACAUUUUUUUAACCCUCGCCGGCAACUUUAUGUAGGGUAGAAGCACCUAAGUGCAGCAAUAUAUGGCAAAUUAUUUACUCAGAAAUAUAUCGGUGAUUUCAAUUAG